AUGGCCAAACGAAAACAAGACUCUACCGCGCAAGAGUCCGACUCGGACUCGGACGACGUCAGUUUCGUCGACGUCGACUUCGAAUUCUUCGACCCCAAUCCAAAGGUUGACUACCAUGCUCUCAAGCGUCUUCUCGAUCAACUCUUCCAGCGCGAUGCGGAACGUUUUUCCACAUCUGCCCUCGUCGACCUGAUAUUCUCUCAACCAACUGUUGGGACCACGAUCAAGACCGAUGGGAUCGAAAGCGAUCCUUACGCGUUGCUGACCGUCCUGAAUAUGCACGUGCACCAAACUCAUCCCUCAAUCGCGUCCUUGGCCGAGUACUUUUUGGAAAAAACUGCUGCAGACCCCGCGUUCCAGACUACACUGCGGGGCUUGUUCGCGAACAGCCAGGCCCAGGUGGGCCUUGUGCUCUGUGAGCGGCUUAUGAAUAUGCCCGUUCAAACGGUGCCGCCGAUGUAUCGCAUGCUGUCCGAUGAAUUGAAGUGGGCCUUGGCAGAUUCCGAGCCUUAUGCUUUUACGCAUCUGCUGUUUGUAUCCCGGCAUUAUCAUCUCACACAGGACGAGGAAGAGGCUCUCGCGAAUAGAGCACCGUCCCGAAGAUCGACCAAGGCCAAGAAACAGCGGUCUGCCCAGCCUCCUCAGCAAAAUGCUCCCGAAGAUGGGAUCUACUCUUUCCAUCCUGAAGACGCCUGUAUUCGCGAGCAUGCACUUCACGCCUUGUCCUACCCUUUCUCCGCAGCACCCCCGGAGCCACGAGAUUCUGAGUCAUUCGGACUCGAUGUACGAGGCAGUGUUAUGCUUGUCGAGGCGCCACGCUGGGACGAAUUGAUCGCCAAGAUGGCAGAAGUGUACGUGUAGCAAGCAUAUGGCGCAGCAGAACUGUUAGUUACAUACAGAGGAGAGUGUAGUUGUAAAAAUACAGGCAGUGAAGGUCUCAGAUACAUAGCGCCAACGUCCUUCCAGAUUCUCAUCUUGGGCAAAAGUCCGAUGAGCUACAAGUGGGAGCGCGACGUCGUGUGCCAACGUCCCGACAUGUUUCACGGAGAUGUUCGCGUCGUUUCGACUUCAAGUACUGGCUGUCGCUACUUCAUUGACCGCGGGAGUCGAAUGAGGUGGUCGGGGGGUGUCCUCAGAACCACUGUCAUCUGCCAGAGCGACCUUGGGCGGUGAUCCCUCGAGAUCUUCUGACUUGCUUGGACUGGCGCCCUCUUUAUUGCUCUCGGGUUCAUCGAACGGCUCCCCGUGCUUCUUGUACCAGUCGCGCAACCAAGCGCGAGCGUCGAGGUAGGAGAGACGAGUCUCCGAGAGUAGGUCCUCGAUCUUGCGUAACGUUGCCGGUGGAAGGUCGUCCUUUGAAGAAUCCUUGCUUACCCCCUCGAUCCGGGUACAAGCGUCGGCGACACCAACGAUCCCG